GUCCUUGAGGGCUACGGUAGCUUUCCACUUUUUUUACAUUGCAUCUGAAGGGGUCGAUGUAGGCUGGUGUUUGCUGUGAUGUAGUUUGGGCUCUGAUCUUGAGCCUGCUGUUCCAAGAGGAAGGUGUGACUUUGGAUUUAUUUUUUUCCGCAUUAGCCUAGCAGCUUAUUUAUCUUUUGAGCUUUCUACCUGGGGAAGGUGACUUUUUAAUGGGAUUAAUAAUGUGUGUUUGGUAGUGUUGUUAUCUGUUGCAGUUGCUUAGCUUGUGUUGCAUAUGCAUGCAAGGCCAGCUGUGAGGUACUAUAACCUACAGCAUACAUCCAUGAUCUUUCAUGCUGUACCUGGUUGGCACUGUGGGCUGCGUUAGCAGGAAUUCUUGCCAGAGUAGCUCAGACAAGGUGCAGGGUUGUCCAAUUCUGAACUUGUUUGCAGUUUCCAGGAGAGAGGUGUCCAUGGCCCAUAGAGCCAGCGGAACAGUGGGUCAAAAUCCACUCCAUGCCUGACUGCAGGCAACUGAGUUAAAUUAGGUACAGCAUAUCCAUAAGCUGUGCUUUCGUGAUGACGUGGUGGCAAUAAGGCGUUACCCAGGAUACCUGAUGUAAUGAUUUCUGCUAAAGACCUUGCUUAUAACAGGCUCUCCCGAAGCAAGUCUGUGGUUUGCAGCUAACUGAAGAUACACUGGGCAACUAGCGUGCUUACUGGUGCUCUCUGUUGUCUGUGGUUGUAUUAAACUAGAAAGAAAAUAGGUUUGCAUUGGGUGAGUAGAGUGAAAGAGGCUAGGUAGUUUCAGUAGCCAGUACUGCUAUGAGUACAGGUGAUGGUAUGAUACUAUUGUGACACUUCUGUAGUGCAGAUUUUCUUCAAAGUCUGUCAGGAAUACAAGCUUUUAUAAAACGUUAGUGCAGAUGGGUUUCUCAAAACUGACUUCACUGUGCGUUCUGUUCCCCUCCUCGCUCUGUGUAAUGGCUCGCCCAGCGCCACCAAUGGUUAAGAGUUGAAAGAUCCUCUCUGGAAUGCUGGGAAUGCCGAAGGUUUGCUGCUGCUGUGGAAAUGGGGGAGUAUGGGGUCAUGCCAGGCCAGCGCGUGGCCAUCAUCUGGGACAGCUCCUCACCAGUUGAAGCCCUGAAGGAUUUGGUGGAUAAAAUUCAGACGCUGGUGGGAGCUGAUAGUCGUGUCUCUGUGGAAAACAUUAACCAGCUGUCUCAGUCGGCUCACAAGGAGUCCAGUUUUGACAUGAUUCUCUCUGGUGUGGUACCAGGCAGUACAGCACAGCACAGUGCGGAGGUACUGGCAGAAAUAGCUCGGAUACUUAAGCCAGGGGGGCGCGUCCUCCUGAAAGAACCUGUGGUUACAGAAUCAGGAAACAACAGCAGAAUUAAGACAGCAACCAAAUUCCUCACAGCUCUGACUCUCUCUGGGUUGGUGGAAGUGAAGGAGCUGCAAAAGGAAGUGUUGACCCCAGAGGAGGCCCAGUCUGUCCGAGAGCAUUUGGAUUACCAAGGCAAUGACCUUCUCAUCGUUCAGAUAGAAGGCAGGAAGCCUAAUUUCGAAGUGGGAUCCUCGAGUCAGCUCAGACUUUCCUUUGCCAAAAAACUUGGUCCUUCAGGAAAACCCUCUGUGGACCCAGCCACUGCCAAGCUCUGGACACUAUCUGCCAAUGAUAUGAAUGAUGAAGAAAUGGAUCUUUUGGACUCUGAUGAGCUGUUGGAUUCAGAAGAUUUGAAAAAGCCAGAUCCAUCAUCCCUCAGAGCUCCAUCCUGUAAAGAAAUGGGCAAAAAGAAAGCCUGCAAGAACUGCACAUGUGGCCUGGCUGAAGAACUGGAACAGGAGAAGAAGAGCGCACAGCCCAAAUCUGCCUGUGGAAAUUGCUAUCUGGGGGAUGCGUUCCGCUGUGCCAGCUGCCCUUACCUGGGGAUGCCCGCCUUCAAGCCUGGCGAGAAGAUUCUCCUGAAAGGGAACCAGCUGCAUGAUGCCUAACAAAGAUCUCUGGAUGUCCUGCGAAGGACUCCUCUGCUUUUCCAUCAGUGUGAGGUUCUUCCUGCAGUCUUCCUCAUCCUCUCAAAUUCAUGCUCUCCGGCCAAUACUCCUGUGGGGAGGGACACUGUGGGCACUGACACUGCUGUGAGCUCAUCACUUGUAAUCAGCCUUGAGCUACCUGAUAAUCUUUGGUAACAGGUGGUGGUCUUGUAUGUAUCAGACUUCAUGUUAUGCCUUGUUUUAGCUGGCUUGACUUGAUACUGCUGGGACGCUGGCUGUCACAGCACGUCACACCAGCAGAGGGAAGUAGAAUCAAGUGUCAAGUUGACCUUGUGUGCCUGUGACAGGACCCAUACUUCCCCGUGCCCGUUUCUCUAAUUUGCCCUAAUGAGCUGGCAGCUCCGGCUGAGCUCUGAGGGUGACGCUGGGCUCCUGCUCUCUUUGAAAUUUGAACCUGCAGUUCCUUACCACAUGAUAGGUGGCUUGGCGACUCCUGUUGAAAGUCAGGAGUAGUGGGUACACUUAGCAGUAUGUACUCUUAGCAGCAUAUGUGAACUCCUUGGUAAAGUCUGGCAGGCAUGAUGAAUCUCCACGUGUUUUGGGAGCCUGCCCGCGAUAUCCCCUGCCCCCACCUAUUUCUAUCAAAAUGACAAAAGAUUCAGUCCCGCUAAGAAAACCCCUGCCCUUAAGGCAGGGAGCAGAUUAAGCAAGAUCUGUCUUGUCCUCCCCCACAUUUCUGUCCGACAUUAACUGAUAACACAAGGGCAAUCUGAGACUGGUUGCCAUGUGAGUCUUGUCUAAUAAGUAAGAACAUAGCAAUAAUGUAAUUUCUAAAUGAUCUGUGGUCACUGUCUGCUCCUGCUCCACAAGACUGACUACUCUUUAUUUAUUUGCAUAAUUACUGCUAGUGAAGCAGGUGCGGGAUGAGAGAGCUGUUCAUGUUCUGUGCCAGGCUUGCUUCUCACCCAGGGAGGGAGAGCAGGAAAACCCAAAGCCAGUGUCUCAGAGGGGAUUGCUUUGUUUGGAGCUCUUGCUCUGCAGGAUGUGACUGCUUGUUGUUGUGCUACCUGAGUUACACACUGAACUUGGAGAGGGAGCUGGGAUGAAAGUGCUGUUCUUGAAAUAAAAGUGACCAAUAGUAAAGUGUUUAAGACUGGUA